CCACCACCACCUACCUUUGCCUUCCUUUCCUUGUGCGAAGCUUUCGCAUCUCCCUUACUUGCUACACCCUUCCUCCAACCGCCGCCCCCGCCUCUUCUGACCUCUCCGUCCGCCGCCCGACAGCUACUGUCCCGUCGCAUUCGCCUCACUUCUAUACCCGGCCUAUACUUUUCCUCCGUACCCUCCGAACCCUCCGACCGAUCGCUCCACAAAGCCCAUAGCCAGGCUUGCCCAACAUGGACGACAACAUUGCAAACUUUGCCGCCAUCACCGGCUCCGACCCGCAGCGCGCUGGCCACUACCUGCAACUCACCGACAACAACCUUGAGCAGGCCAUCCAGCUCUUCUUCGACAGUCCCAACCUCGACUUUGGCGGUUCCACCGCAGAGGCAGCUCCAUCGCAACCUGCAGCUCGGCAGGAUGAUCAGGGAGUCAUCCACAUCGAUUCGGAUGACGAGGAAAAUGUCUCGGGUGCAGCUGGCCACGACAUGGAUGCUGACGAGGCCAUGGCCCGUCGUCUGCAGGAGGAAAUGUACCGCGACAGCGGCAGCGAUCCGAACGAGGGUGUUCGCGCGCCCAUGGCACGCACGACAGAAACGCUAGUGGGACCGGGUGCCGAUUAUGGUGACGAGGACGAUGGCAUGCAUGCUGCAAUCAUGUCGCAGAUGGCAGCCCGGAGGCGUGGUGGUCAAGGUGCACGCCCAGGUAUCUUCAACCAGAGAAACACCGCUUCCGUUUGGGAAGGAGAAGACGAUGAUCAGAGCGCCCGCCGUCGACACCUUGCUACAGCCACCGGUGGCGCAUCAGAGACGUCAUCAAAGUCCAGCCUGCUUGCGGAGAUGUACCGUCCUCCGUUCGAGAUAAUCUCAUCUCUACCUUGGGAUGGUGCGCGAGAUGAGGGCAAGGCUGAGGAGAAGUGGAUCAUGGUCAACGUGCAGGACCCUGCGAUUUUUGACUGCCAGGUUCUCAAUCGUGACAUCUGGAAAAAUGACCAGGUCAAGGAGACGAUCAAGGAAAACUUCAUCUUCUUGCAAUACAACAAGGACGAUCCUUCCGGUAACAGCUAUAUCAACUACUACUUCCAUGCGCGUGACAGCGACGACGCGUACCCCCACAUCGCGAUCGUCGACCCCCGCACUGGUGAGCAGGUCAAGGUGUGGUCCGGUCCACCAGUUCCAAAGGCGAUGGAUUUCGUCAUGCAGCUGCACGAGUUUCUAGAUCGCUACAGCCUGAAGGUUAAUGUUCGUAACCCAGUCGCGACACGCAAGAAGGACAAGAAGAAGGACGUCAACAAGAUGACCGAGGAGGAGAUGUUGGAGAUGGCACUCCAGAACAGCAUCGCCAAUGAUGCCCAAGGUCCCCGCGAUGAGGACCCAGACGAGCUCACGAAGGCGGCUGAGGCCUCCGGGAAAGGCAAGGAGAAGGCGUCGGAUGAAGGCGCUAUGGAGGUUGAUGAACCUGCUACGACGGGUGAUGCCACCGCCACCGGCCCCUUUGCUUCCAUUUCCUCCACGAACCCGCACACGGAACCAGAUAAUGACCCUAAGACGACUACCCGCAUCCAAUUCCGUCACUCUGGUGGUCGGAUCAUCCGCCGCUUCGCCCUGGCCGAUCCGGUACGCCGCAUUUAUGAAUGGCUGAAGGCCUCGCCACUUGAAGGCAAGGAGGGCGUUGAGUUCGAGCUCAGCUUCAUGGGCAAGAACCUGAUUGACCUUCUGGACCAGUCGAUUGAGCAGGCGGGUUUGAAGAACGGAACCGUCAUGGUGGAGCACAUUGAGGGCUAAGGACGAGAAGGGGCGGGCGGUUCACUGUUGCAUCAAGGCUCGUAGACGGGCCUAAGCGCGGCGCUGGGUACUCUUUUUCACGGGCUUGGAACGGCAUCAUGUGGCGUUGAGUGGAGUGGAGUGGACUGGACUGAACCGGAAAGUGGCGGGCGAAGACCCUUGAGCUCUUUUCUGGCUGUGGCUGGGGCGCAAUGCGAAGCGAAGGAAUGGUGGAUUUCGCGAUGACUACUGCGUCACUUUGUGCCUUGAUGAUCAGGCAAGUUUCGACAUGUUUAUGGUUUUAUAGAUCUGGCUGCUUCGAUGGCUGAGCAGCUUAUCGGCAUAGAUGCUUCGAUAUUUGAUAUUACAUGAGUAUAUGCCUAUCUGCAC